AUGGACAGUCGGCCCCUAAUUCGAUACCUAAUCGACGACGACGACGACAACAACAACAUGAGGGAGGGUCAAUCAGAGAAGAGGGAGGACUGGCCACCAGUCAUGUUGGAGCUAACGGUAGAUACUGCCUACGGGUACUGUCUAUUCGAGAAGAAAGAAACGAAGCUUGUCGCCGUGCGUUAG